AUCUGUGUAUGUAUACACCAUUUCAAUACACCUGUUAAUAUAACUUGUUAAGGAAUAAUUUAAAUAGUCCACCACUUAACGCUUCGAUUUACAAAGUAAUUCAGUGCUGACCUGCUUGGAUACUGAUUUAUAUAUAAUUGGCAAAAUGGUCGAGUAUACAAUGAUACUAGUUCUUGUUCUAAGUAUUCUGACAUGGAUCACAACAAAUAAUUACUACAAUUACACGUAUUCAAAACCUCAGGAUUGUCAAGAUGUUCAAAAAUACGGGCAUAGUGAAACUGGUGUUUAUACAAUAUACCCGGAAGGAACUUUGGGAUUUCCCGUCAGGUGUGAAUUUAAUGAUUCUACUUCCGGUGCAUGGACUGUGAUACAGCGUCGCGUUUCAGCUAGUGACUUCUACAAAAGCUGGAAUGAAUAUCAGGUUGGAUUUGGAGAUCUGAGCGACAAUUUCUGGCUUGGAAAUCAACAAAUUCAUAUGAUUACAAGGCAAGGCUGGUAUGAGCUACGCAUUGAUAUUGUAUCUCCUGAAAAUGAAGUGGCACAUGCGCUAUAUAAUGUUUUCUAUGUCGGUGAUGCGAAGUCACGAUAUGAACUGCUUGUUGAUGGAUAUAGUGGCACAGCCGGGGAUAGUUUGGGGCCACACAAUGGACAUAAAUUUACAACUAAAGAUAGAGAUAAUGACCAAUACGAAAGUAAUUGUGCAGUGCAAUUUAUAGGUGCAUGGUGGUAUGGAAAAUGCCAUUCUUCAAAUCUUAAUGGUGACUAUGGUAAUACUCAAUAUGCGAAAGGUUUGUCUUGGUAUCAUUGGAAAGGACAUUACGUUUCAAUGAAAACAACAGAAAUGAAGAUCCGGCGAUGGCAGUCUCUGAAUAUGCAUGGAUAAAAUUUUAUUACACAUAGAUAAAGAGAAAAUGAACUAAUACAAUUAUAUCUCAUACAAAAUAAUAAUAAUGCAUGUAAUAAUAAUAUUAAUAAUGAAAAAGUCUUUAUUUAACGAGAUAACUCACUUGAACAGCAUAUCAAUCUUACUUGUCAGACCCUAAACAAGGAACAAUAUAAAUUUAUAAUAUUAAAACUAUUAAGAUACAUACACGAGAUUAAAAUGACAAAGCUAUCUAUUUGUUGUAUGGAAUUGACACUGACAGAGCUGCAUCAGUGUAUGAUAAUAUUUAAAAAACGGUUAACAAUUGUAGCAAACUUGAUAUAAUGGGAAGAUAUUUCCAAAUACAAGAUCCAGAAUAAACAAAUGACUAACAUACGUAUGUUAAGUUGAAAACAGAUGAUGGUUUGAACACCUGAUGAAAUUAUUGAAUAAAUAAGAAGGCGUCUGCUAAAGUAGUGAGCGAGAGCUGCACAAACUGACGGAAAACAUUUUUCAGUUUAUCUGACUACGGUGUACAUAGUGACGACUUACAUCCUCUUACAUCGAAACAUCUAUAUGAAACUACUGUUUUAUCUAAGGCCCUAUAUGGCAGUGAACUUUUGAAUGGGCUAUCACAGUCACAAAUCCAGUUACUAAAGAGCACAUAGAUAAUGUGUUAAUUAAUGAAAGGAUGCCAAAAUACACGAAAACAGAAGAAGCCCUGUGUCUACUUGGAAUCUACCAAUAGAUAAGAGGAAAUUAAGCUCCAGUUAAAUUUGGCCGGUUGAGUACUUUGGAUAGCUCAAAAAGAAUCAAAAUGUUCAUUAAACGAUUGUUAAUGUUUAUGUCAACCUCUCAAACAUGUACAGGUUUCAUACCAGACAUUUACAUAA